UGGUAACUUGUCUCUCUACAGUUCUAUUGGAACCUCAACAACCUUCUUCCCCUCCUAGCUACUCGGGCUGAGCUCAACUUCCGCCGGAGACGACGUCGUCUCCGAGACUGAAGCGCGGGGAUUAUUUUAUCAUUGUUGUUAUUUUUGGUUUGCCGGUUUUUGGAUAUGGGAUUGCCGAGCGACGACGUCGUUUUGAUACAGAAAGGAAAGGCGCCGGGAGAGCCGUCUGUCGUCACCGUUAAUUGCCCGGAUAAGACCGGCCUCGGAUGCGAUAUUUGCAGAAUAAUCCUCGAUUUUGAGAUUUAUAUCACCAAAGGAGAUAUUUCAACUGAUGGGAUAUGGUGCUACAUAGUAUUGUGGGUGGUUCCUCAUUCCAGCUCAGUUAUUGUGAAAUGGUCAAGUUUGAAGAAUAGGCUCCUUUCAGUAUGCCCAUCAUGUUCAACGUGUUUUCUCCUUUAUGAGCAAUCUACAAUUUCAUCAUCUUCUCCAGUUUAUCUAUUGAAGUUCUUUUCCCUUGAUCGGAGAGGAUUAUUACACGAUGUUACACAAGUUCUAUGCGAGCUUGAGCUUACAAUACAGAGAGUAAAAGUAACCACAACACCAGAUGGCAGAGUCUUGGACCUAUUCUUUAUAACAGAUAAUAGGGAGCUUCUCCAUACGGAAGAACGACAGAAUGAGACUUUGGAACAACUGCACACUGUACUUGGUGACUCAUGCAUCACAUGUGAACUUAAGUUGGCAGGUCCCGAGUAUGAACAUCAUCAAGGCAUCAAUUCUCUUUCUCCUGCAGUAGCUGAAGAGCUAUUUAGAUGUGAAUUAUCAGAUAAAGAAAUCCACUCUCAAGCUUUGAGUCCAGAUAUGACGAAGUUGAAGAAAGCCAAUGUGACAGUUGACAACUCAUUGAGCCCCGCUCAUACGUUGCUACAAGUUCACUGUGCUGAUCACAAGGGUCUCCUCUAUGAUGUCAUGCGAACGUUGAAAGACUGCAAUAUCCAGAUAUCUUAUGGUCGAUUCUCGCUAAGUUCAAAAGGCUUUCGUGAUUUAGACCUUUUUAUUCAGCAAAAAGAUGGGAAAAAGAUUGUUGAUCUUGAAAAGCAGAGUGCACUUUGUUCUCACUUGAAGGUGGAAAUGCUUCACCCGCUGCGUGUUAUCAUCGCAAACAGAGGGCCAGAUGCCGAACUCUUGGUUGCUAAUCCAGUUGAGCUAUCUGGAAAGGGGAGGCCUAGAGUUUUUUAUGAUGUUACACUUGCUCUAAAAACUCUUGGAAUCUGCGUUUUCUCGGCUGAAAUAGGGAGGCAUUCAGCAUCUGACCGUGAAUGGGAAGUGUACAGAUUUCUAUUGGAGGAGAGCAGUAGAUUUCAACUAUCUAAUAUGAUGGCUAGGAAUCAGAUUGUGGAUAGAGUUAGAAGAAUAUUAAUGGGCUGGUGAGUUUAGGUUCUUUUUAAAUAGACAAAAAUAAAAAGUAUAAUCUCUAUUUGGUUUGCUUGCAUUCUGGGAUGUCUCCUUCAAUGAUGUCUGUAUCUGUACGGUCUUGAGCAUUUUUUUCGAUUGUGAAUAUCUCGUGUGUAAGCUCUACGUAAUUUCUAUUCAGUAAAAGAAUAAAAAUAAAAUAAAGAAGAAGCUUUAUGUAUUUCUUGGUUUUAUAUA